CCACUUCACCCUGUCCAGCGCGUGCGUGCGCAUGCGCGGAGCGCGGCGCGCGCGGUAGUUGGGUCGUAGGCUGUUCGGCCCUGGGAUCCACCGCGUCUCCGUGAGCAGUGGACUCUGAGCCGCGAGCCGCCGUGAACUCUUGGAUUCGAACCGGUGCCGACGAGUUCGGGGGCAUCGCCAGCAGCGGCCAAGCUCAUGGCCGGCUGAGCGGGACGCCGCCUCCGCCUCAGCCACCGCCGCCGCCGCCGCCUCCUCCUCCUCAGCCGGCGGCGGCCCGGGCCCAGCAGCCAUGGCCGAAGACUACUGGGACGGGCGCCUGCGGCGUACAGGAGGAGAAGGAGGUCGCGCGGCCUCAGCCCGGGCCGCCGCCCCAGGCGCCUCCGCGCCGGCCCCGCGGCGCUGAGGUUGCUCGCGCGCCCCCGCCGGUCGCCAUGGAUCGGAUGAAGAAGAUCAAACGGCAGCUGUCCAUGACACUCCGAGGGGGCCGAGGUGUAGACAAGACCAACAGUGCCCCUGAACAGAUAGGCCUGGAUGAGAGUGGUGGUGGUGGCGGCAAUGACCUUGGAGAGGCCCCCACCCAUGCUGCCCCUGGGGAACCUUGUUCUGGGCGGGGACUACUCAGUUCUGCACCAGAGAUUGUUCAUGAGGACUUGAAGAUGGGGUCUGACUUGAAAAUGGGGUCUGACGGGGAAAGUGACCAGGCUUCAGCCACGUCCUCGGAUGAGGUGCAGUCGCCAGUGAGGGUGCGCAUGCGCAACCAUCCUCCUCGCAAGAUCUCCACUGAGGACAUCAAUAAGCGCCUAUCACUACCAGCUGACAUCCGGCUGCCCGAGGGCUACCUUGAGAAGCUAACCCUCAAUAGCCCCAUCUUUGACAAGCCCCUCAGCCGCCGCCUCCGCCGUGUCAGCCUGUCCGAGAUUGGUUUUGGGAAACUGGAGACCUACAUCAAGCUGGACAAGCUGGGCGAGGGUACCUAUGCCACUGUUUAUAAAGGCAAAAGCAAGCUCACAGACAACCUCGUGGCACUCAAGGAGAUCAGACUGGAACACGAAGAGGGGGCACCCUGUACCGCCAUCCGAGAAGUGUCCCUGCUCAAGGACCUCAAACAUGCCAACAUCGUCACACUACAUGACAUUAUCCACACGGAGAAGUCCCUCACCCUUGUCUUUGAGUACCUGGACAAGGACCUGAAGCAGUACCUGGAUGACUGUGGGAACGUCAUCAACAUGCACAACGUGAAACUGUUCCUGUUCCAGCUGCUCCGUGGCCUGGCCUACUGCCACCGGCAGAAGGUGCUACACCGAGACCUCAAGCCCCAGAAUUUACUCAUCAACGAGAGAGGAGAGCUCAAACUGGCUGAUUUUGGUCUGGCCCGGGCCAAGUCAAUUCCAACGAAGACCUACUCCAAUGAGGUGGUGACACUGUGGUACCGGCCCCCUGACAUCCUGCUCGGGUCCACAGACUACUCCACCCAGAUUGACAUGUGGGGUGUGGGCUGCAUCUUCUACGAGAUGGCAACAGGCCGGCCCCUCUUCCCAGGCUCCACGGUGGAGGAACAGCUGCACUUCAUCUUCCGAAUCUUGGGAACCCCAACUGAGGAGACAUGGCCAGGUAUUCUGUCCAAUGAAGAGUUCAAGACACACAACUACCCCAAGUACCGCGCUGAGGCCCUUUUGAGCCAUGCACCCCGACUUGAUAGCGAUGGGGCUGAUCUCCUCACCAAGCUGCUGCAGUUUGAAGGUCGAAAUCGGAUCUCUGCAGAGGAUGCCAUGAAACACCCAUUCUUCCUCAGUCUGGGGGAGCGAAUCCACAAACUUCCUGACACUACUUCCAUAUUUGCACUAAAGGAGAUCCAGCUACAAAAGGAGGCCAGCCUUCGCUCUUCAUCGAUGCCUGACUCAGGCAGGCCAGCUUUUCGUGUGGUGGAUACCGAGUUCUAAGCCACAGACCCAGGCCCCAGCAGGCAGCAGCUGGAGGGAUGCCACACCCCUCACAGGGCAGCCCCCAACUGCAUCCUCCCUGCUUGCUGCCUGCCUACCUGCCUGAUUCAUGCUCGCCUGCCCACAUGUUCCCUGCUGCCUGUCCAAACAUCCAUUGGCCUGUUUGCUGGGUGCUAACAAAGCUCUCAUUGCUCCUUCACCUGGUCUGUCUGUCUCUCUCUCUGUGUCUUAGUAGUAGCCGGCGGACAGCAUGGCCGUGCCAGCCUCCCACACUGAGGCCAGGCCUAUACCCCUCCCCAUCAUACCCUUCCCCAGGACCACUACCCCAUGGCCAGCAGGGGUCCGACUAGCCCAGGCUGGGGAUCUCAACUCAGACAAGAUGUGGCGAUGCCUUGGGUUUGAGGUUUCCCUUGCCUGCUUUCCUGCCUGCCCCACCUGCCUCAUGUUGUGUGGGCCUUUUUUUUGUUUCAUUCAUUGUUUUUUAAUUAUUUUAAAUGAGGUUUUCAUUUUUUAAAUGCAAUAUCUCUGUAUACAGACUGGCUGGGCCCCACCCCCUAUCUGUGGCCCUCCCACAGUAUUUUGUGCAAUGAAGCCCUGCUCCCAGUCUUUCCAAGGCAGGGACACAGCCCCUAUUCAGAGCCCUGACCAUCACCAGAACCUGGGGUUGGCUAAGGGAAAGCAUGCCUUGACCACUCACCUUCCUACCCACGCCCAUCCCCCUGCCUGUCAUCCCCAGCCGAAGGGGUACCUAAGGACUACCGGAGACUCUCUGGGAGAUGGACAUGGUGGGGGGCCCCCAGUCUUUCCCUCCUGCAGUUCUAUAGCUGGGUCCUCCUUCUGUCUCAGGGUCUCCCUAGCCUAGCCCUCUUGCCCCCAUCCCACUCGGUGCUGUUGAGUAGGGGCCCUGCCAGGAACUGACCAACUCAGCAAGGAGCCAUAGUGUGUAUAUAUGCACAGGCAGGGAUGGGUGCAUGGGGGGUUGUGCCCAAGUGUUAACCCCUAGCCCCUGGGGAGGGUGAGGCAGGGCAGGGACAGUCUCUGGGGUCAGUCCCAGAUGGGUGGUUACCUCCCCUUCCUCCACUCUAAACCCUGGGGCCCUCAAAUGGGGUGGGAGGGCAUGGGUGGGGGCCCUCCUAGUGGGGUUUGGGAGGUUGGGUUCCUGAAUGCACCAUAAUCGCUGUAUGAAAUAUUAAAAAGUCUAAAGUGAAAAA